UUUUUACCAGUCCAACAGCAUGUCGAAUGUACGCAUAUUCAAAUGUUGAAAAGGCCUUUUUGUGACGACCUACGACGAAAAGGCACAAUGCUGAACCGACUCAAACUCGCAUCCCGCGCGUAAAGGAUAGGUAAAGAAAAUGAGAGAGAUGCAGCGAUAUUCGAACGUCAAAAACCUUCGCCAUGUUGUACGGGCAGGCGCGUCAACGACAACAACUUCACAACAAACAAACUCGUAUGCGGCAAAAACAUCUGAUCGCAAACUCACAAGCCCUUCCUAAAUACAGGCCUUCGGAAUGGGGAAAAUAUCGUUCUACAUCAUUGAUUAUUGUGCAAAUAUAGAACAAUGCACCAUUCACAAGAACUCCGUUCGGAUACGGAAAGCACAUCACACCGAAUACGAUGCGUGCAUUACGAGCGACCCGGUGCAGCUAGUGGAUUUGUUGCUCAAUUUGCGGUUCUUUCCUCGUUUUCGACUGAAAAUCGCUAACGCACUCGUUGGUCGUGUACCGAGCGCUUCGCUCACCAUACAACUCAUCCCCCCCGUCAAAGAGCAUUUAGAUUACCAUUGGGGACAACGUGCCGUUCACAUGAUGUGGGAGCUGGUCGAGCUCACCGAACUGAUGGCUUGGCUCUCGACGCUCGGUGGAGCUUUCUCCGCUCUCGGCGACUACCAGCUCGCCUGUGCCGAUACGGCGGGCAAAAUAUCGCUACACCAAAUGAAGCUGGCCUGCCGGUUGGGCGAUCCUUCGCUCGUAGCUCGCUGCCAGCUGUACCUUGCCAUAUCGCUCAUCCAGAGGGCCGAAUUUGCCACUGCUAAACACCUCAUCCAGAGCGUGUACCGCGGCGCACGGAAGCAAAAGGAACCCGAUACGCGCCUACUGAAGAUGUGCCAGGGCAUAUGGGCGAAGCUGCGCUACGAGUACGAUGUGCACCAGAGGAAUGUGGCACGCAAGAAAACGUAAAGAUCGCGUUUUAACGUUGUACCUUGAUCGUUCCUUAAGAGAAUAAAUUUAUAGUAAACAUCGAUUAUCAGUUGUUAGCCUAUCCGGGUUUUGGAAAUAUAAUGCAAAUUCUGUUUUCCUUUUUUUCUGUAUAAAAAAGAUA